UCUGGACAGAUUUCCAUGGAGCUGCGGGUGAAGUUUUUAAUUUAGUGGCGCAAUCCAAGACAGAAUUGGAGGGCUGCGUGUUUCCAAAGAGCCAAGUCUGUGACCCGGUGAGAUCCAGUCUUUUAACCCAACUCUUCAGACUGCUAUGCAUUUCCCGGAGUGGUUACGGUCACUCCGCUCGAGCACGGGACUCCGAGGCUCUGAGUCCUCUGACGACUUGUGGAGUCUUCUGCCAUCUCUGCCUCUGUCGUCCUUCUCCCUGUCCUCCUCCCUGUCCUCCCUGUCCCUGUCGCCCUCCUCCCUGCUGGGUUUAGGAGCCCUCGCCUCCCUCACUGCGUACUGGCUGGUGACCCGUCCUCGACCCAUGCGUCCCCCCUGUGAUCUACAGGCCCAGAGUGUAGCCGUGAACGGAGAUUCCAGCUGCAGGCGAUCGGCUCUUCUUCCAGAUGACUCACUGCUGGAGUUUUACUACGAUGACACCAGGACGUAUUACGACAUGUUCCAGAGAGGCCUGAGGAUCGCGGGAAAUGGCUCCUGCCUUGGCUCCAGGAAGCCGGGUCAGCCCUACCAGUGGAUCUCCUACACUGAGGUGGCCGAGCAGGCACAGGUGCUCGGCUCCGGGCUGCUGGCUAAAGGCUGCCAGCCGAACCCGCAGCAGUUUGUUGGGAUAUUUGCACAAAACAGACCAGAGUGGAUCAUCUCAGAACUGGCCUGCUACACGUUCUCCAUGGUGGUGGUGCCUCUGUACGACACCCUUGGGCUGGAGGCCAUGGUCCACAUACUCAACCUGGCGGAGAUCUCUCUGGUGAUCUGUGACCGGGAGGAUAAGGCAGCGUCUCUGCUGGAGAACAAGGAGAAAGGCGUGACUCCGAAGCUCUCCUGCCUGGUUCUCUUCGACAGUUUCAGCGAGGCCCUUGUGGAGAGGGCGAAGGCCUGCGAGGUGGAGGUUCUGAAGCUGGAGCAGCUCAUGGACCUGGGAAGGCAGAACCUCAAAGAUCCUGUGCCGCCCCAGCCCCAGGACCUGGCCGUGGUUUGCUUCACCAGUGGAACCACAGGGAAGCCCAAGGGAGCCAUGAUCACCCACGGCAACAUCGCCUCCAACACUUCCUCUGUCAUUAAGAUCUUGGAGGGUUCGUUUGUGAUCCAGCAAGAGGACGUGUCGAUCUCGUACCUGCCGCUUGCCCACAUGUUUGAGAGGAUGAUUCAGGUCUCCAUGUUCUGUCACGGGGCCAGAGUAGGAUUCUACCAGGGGGACAUUUCUCUUCUCAUGGAUGACAUUAAAACGCUCAAACCAACCUUCUUUCCCGUUGUGCCCCGAUUGCUCAACCGCAUCUACGACAAGAUCCUGGGCUCUGUGACCUCUCCGCUGCGACGGGCUUUGCUUCACUACGCUGUGAGGAGAAAGCAGGCGGAGCUCAGCAGUGGGGUCGUACGUAACAACAGUCUGUGGGACAAACUAGUGUUCAACAGGAUUCAGGCCAGUUUGGGAGGUAAUCUACGGUUCGCCCUGACUGCUUCAGCACCCAUCUCCCCCACGGUGCUGUCCUUCCUCAGAGCCACCCUGGGCUGCCUGAUAUUCGAGGGUUAUGGUCAGACAGAGUGCACGGCAGGCUGCACCUUCUCCAUGCCGGGAGACUGGAGCGCAGGGCACGUUGGCGCUCCUUUGCCCUGUGCCGUGGUGAAGCUGGUUGACAUCCCCGACAUGAACUACCACGCCAAGAAUGGAGAAGGGGAGAUCUGCAUUCGUGGCCCCAGCGUGUUCAGAGGCUACCUGAGGGACCCAGAGAGGACGGCCGAGGCCUUGGACAGCGACGGCUGGCUGCACAGCGGGGAUGUGGGCCAGUGGCUUCCAAACGGGACACUGCGCAUCAUUGACAGAAAGAAGCACAUCUUCAAGUUGUCCCAGGGAGAGUACAUCGCUCCGGAGAAGAUAGAAAAUGUCUACACGCGCUGUGUUCCUGUGCUCCAGGUGUUCGUGCAUGGAGAUAGUUUACAGUCUUAUCUCAUAGGCAUAGUUGUGCCGGACCUCGAGGUGUUUGUUGACUGGGCUAAAGAGCGGGGAAUCGUGGGGUCCUACGAGGAGCUGUGCCAGAAUCCCGAUGUGAAGACGGCAGUAUUAGAGGACAUGAAAGCCGUGGGCAAGGAAGCAGGGCUAAAGUCCUUUGAGCAAGUGAAGGACCUUCACUUGCAUCCCGAGAUGUUCAGCGUCGCCAACGGCCUCCUCACACCCACCCUGAAAAGUAGACGUGCCGACAUACGCAGAGUCUUUCAGGAACAGAUAUCAGACAUGUACAGCAAGACGGCCAUUUAAAAGACUACUCCGUAAUGAUUCACACACAGCAGACGAGGGUCACCGGUGUCAAAUAAGGGGGUGGGAGUGGAAUGUAUAUCUUCAAUGUCCAGCAGUGCCUCAUCUUAAAUAUAUAAAUGUUCGGUUAUUGGUAUUUUAAUUCACGACCACCGGAGUCCACCACUUGCACGUGUGUAAUGUGUAUUAACUCUUCACAUGAAAAAGAACAGAAUGGGACCAAACCAUUUUAUUUUUGUUCGUCUCACAGUUGUCAUUGUCAGUAAUCCAGAACAAUGCUUUGAACGGGUGAUUUAACUGUUGUAUAAAUUAUUGUGUAGUUGUAGAGAGAAGAAUCACGUAAGUUAUUAGGGAGCAAACUGCAGAGACAAUUAGAUAUUUUACUUUCACUGCCCUGUUCAUUAGCCAAGCAAGGAUUUUUUUUUUUUUUUAAAGGGACACUUUACUCGUGAGGCUGUUAGAACUUGCAUUAAUUGUAGGUUUGUAUUUUAAGGUUGAUGGUUCACCAUGAUACAAGCUUUUCCAUGACCGUCCUUGUUCUUAGCUCGAUGGUCGUGCGUCUUUCUAAUUGGUUCUGAAAGAUUUCAUAAACCUGUGAGGAUGUAAUCCUUCACCUGGAGUUAAACCACUACAACUAAUGAGGGUUUCAAGCAGCAAUGACUUGUAUAAAAAAAAAAAAAGGGCUGUACAGUAAAUGCUUCUUAUAUUGACAUUUGUCAACGGGACACUACUAAUUCCAGUAAAGUGAAACUGAACAGAAAUAAAGAUUAGUAACUGAUAA